GGGCGCGCGCGGGGCCCGGGACUCGCGCGGUCCAACUUUGCAGCCGAGUCGCGGCGGCCGCAGCGCGGAGCGGGGACCCGCAGCCAUGGUGGCCGCGGCGCCCGGCGCCUCCCUGACCCUCUGCCUCUGGCUGGCGGCCUGCGGGGGCGGCCUGGCCGCGGGCCCCGGCGCGGUGCGGCGGCCGGACGAGUCGCUGGGGGCCGGGGGCGUGCAGCGCGCGCGCUGCGCCUCCAGGUGCCUGAGCCUGCACCUCACGCGCAUCCCCGCCCAGAACAACAGCUCCCUGGUGUGGUGCCAGAAUCACAAGCAGUGUUCUAAGUGCCUGGAGCCAUGCAGGGAUUCAUGGGAUCUGACCAAGCAGCAGUGCCAGAGCUUCUGCGAGUCUCUGUUCCCCAAGAAGAAUUACGAGUGCCUGAUCAGCUGUGCAUUCCUGCAGUCCAUCCUGACGGUGAAGCAGGGUGGCUGUCCGGCUCCUGAGAAGGCCAGUGGCUUCGCGGCUGCCUGCGUGGAGAGCUGUGAGGUAGAUGGCGAGUGCUCAGGCGUGAAGAAAUGUUGCUUCAACGGUUGUGGCCAUACCUGCCAGGUGCCCAAGACUCUCUACAAAGGCGUACCCUUGAAACCACGGAAGGAGCUGCGCUUCACGGAGCUGCCGUCAGGUCAGCUGGAGGUCAGGUGGUCCUCCAAAUUCAACGUGUCCAUCGAACCGGUCAUCUACGUGGUUCAGAGGAGGUGGAACCUGGGGAUCCACCCGAGCGAGGAUGAUGCCACACACUGGCAGCUGGUGACCCAGACCACAGAUGAGCGGCUGCUGCUGACGGACCUGCGGCCCAGCCGAUGGUACCAGUUUCGUGUGGCUGCCGUCAACGUGCAUGGCACACGUGGCUUCACAGCACCCAGCAAGCACUUCCGCUCCUCCAGGGAUCCGGGUGCACCCCCUGCCCCCGCCAACCUGCGGCUGGUCAACUCCACGGGCCACAAUGACGGCACUGUGAGCGUGACCAUUGCCUGGGACGUCCCCGAGGAGCCGGACACACCUGUCCACCACUAUAAAGUGUUCUGGAGCUGGGCCACGAGCAGUAGCAAGUCUGCCGUGCCCACCAGGAAGAAGCGGAGGAAGACUGCAGGCGGGUCGCAGCACGCCGUGAGCCUUGAGCACCUGCAGCCCGACUGUGAGUAUAGCGUGGAGCUGCAGGCCGUGGCCUACUGGGGACAGAAGCGCCUCAAGAGCCCCAAGGUGGGCCUGCACUUCACAGCCGCCGCCAGCCCCCAUGAGACUCCAGGGAAGGGCCGUAAAGGCGCGGCCGUGAAGCAGCUGCCCUUCCACGCCCGGCGCCCCUCGCGGCCGCUGGAGAUCGGGGCCCCCUUCUACCAGGACCACCAGCUGCAAGUGAAGAUCUACUGGAAAAAGGCUGAAGAGCCUGGUGUCACCCGCUACCAUGUGCAGUGGCAGCCAGAGGUCUGCACCCACAAUGAGACCACGGGGCCCGAGAUGUCAUCCGGGACCACCCAGGAAAACUACCUCAUCCUUCCAGACCUGGCGUUUUCCUGCAAGUACAAGGUGACGGUGCAGCCCGUGCGGGCCUGGGGCCGCCUGAAGCCGGAGACCGUGUUCUUCAGCACCCCACCCUGCUCUGCACUCAGGGGCAAGAGCCACAAACUUGUUCGCUGCCCCGGGGAGUCAGGUCCAGCACUCGCCAAGGUGCUCGCCAAGCCUGAGAACCUCUCUGCGUCCUUCCUGCUCCAGGACGCCAACGUCACAGGCCACUUCUCCUGGCAGGUGGCCAAAGCCAACCUCUACCCGCCCCUCAGUGGCUUCCAGGUGACGUGGGCUGAGGCAGCCCCAGAGAGCCGGCACAACAGCCUACCCAACAGCCUCAUCUCACAGUCACAGAUCCUGCCUUCGGACCACUCCAUGCUGACCGUGCCCAAUCUAAGGCCAGCCACCCUCUACCGCCUGGAGGUACAGGCACUGACGACAGGGGCCGAAGGCCCAGCCACCGUGCGCACCUUCCGGACGCCUGACCCACUGCCGCCAUCAGCACACAGGCACCAUGUCAAGCACCGCCCGCCACACCCCUACAAGCCUCCUCCCGAGAGGUACUAGCGCAUCCGCAGCAGCGACGUGACUUCGUGGGAAGACCGAGGGCAGGAGACG